AUGUCCGUUCGACUUGUUUCCAGUGCAAAGAGUUUGCGCGAGCAAUUCAGAGCUGCUCAGAGUAAUGGUAACUCAACAAUGCCAUCCAAUAGCGCUGUUGCCCACACACCCUCAAAUGGUGUAUCUCGGUCCAAGACACUUCGGCCACCCAUUGGUGCCAAAUCGCCUUCACGCCAAAACACUUUGCUUCGCACCUCAAGCGGUGGCAACCUUCGUCGUGCAAAGAGCAUACAAAAGAAAGGGCUCAUUUCGAAGGUCUUUGCUGAUGAAGAAGUCAAUCCUCAUGAAGCGCUGCCAGACCUCUCCAUGGAAGUAACAUCAUUGAUCGUUAAACGCUGCAUUAAAGAGAUCCGUGAACGAGGAUUGGCAACUAAGGGUAUCCUUCGACAGGUCCAAAUGGCCCAGAGUCAAAAAGUCAUCAUUGACACGAUUCGCAUAAUUCUCGACGACGACGCAAGCACAGAGCUCUCGCCAUUGCACCAAAUUGACAUUCAUCUCGUGGCUCAUGCCAUGAAAUGGGCCAUCCGCUACUCUGAACAGAUCCUUGUCACUUAUGAGGACUAUCAAUCUCUCUAUGUAGAGCAAGAUCGUAACUUCACCAAAUUCGCACACAAUUUGCCACCAACUAACCGCGCCAUCCUCCUUGACCUCUUUUCGCUCUGUGCUGAUGUCACACUGCUCGCCCAUCUCAAUAACAUGACCCUUGUUGCUGUCGCCAAGGCAAUCUCGCUCAGUAUUAUGGCUGGUCCAGAACGUGAGUUCACAACAUUUGAUGCAUCCUUGCAGCAGCGCAACCUCUGGGGAGCUGCAUGUGAGGAUCUUUUAAGAGCUUUCCUGCGCAUCAAGACUACAUAUGACCUGGCCAAAAUUGAUCAAGAGGACGAAGUAGAUGAAAAUAGAUACAUCUGCAAUGAGACUCGCGUUCUUAAGAGUGCCCGUCAGAGUAGCCGAGAUAUUGGACAUAUUCCGAAUAGUAUUAAUCUCCCUUCUGGACAUGACAUCUCCUUGCCCUCGAGCACUGGUUCAAGUUUACCAGGCUCGGCAGGUUGGCGAACUCCAGGUGCUGGCACACCACAGUCAUAUGCUACCAAUCAUACCGGUUAUUUUGAUAUGGUUGUUCCCCGACCAGGAUCCCCUCUUUCACAAUCCAGUGCAAUGUAUGGUGCGUCACCCUCGCAGCCUCAUUUGAAUGCGAAGCCCACUUUCCCCGUCUCCGCACCCAUUGCGUUACCAAGCGUCCAACAUAUAGACGAUAUUACAGAGUAUGAAGAGCUCAUGCAAGAUCAAUCACAUUUGAAUCGCCUGCGAUCAGAUCGGAACAGUAUGCUUCGUCCAGCAGAGCCCAUGCGACGAAGGUCCUCGGUAACGGACAUGGAGAGUCUCUAUAUGCUUCCUGUAGAAGUUACUUCCCCUGUUGAUGGCUAUGAAUCAGACCCUGAAGUGUCUCACGCACAUGAAGAAGAUCCGAACGACUCCCUUACCCUAGAUUUCGCAGACGGCCUCAACUGGGACUUUAGCAAGCAUGUAGAUAUGACCUCAAAUGAUGCACCAUCCUUAACCAGCUUCCAAUCUCAGCCAUGCGGAGCUAGCAAACAUGUCAGCCGCUCAAAUAAUGCAAAUGGACUCGGAAUGAGUAGCCCAGCAUAUACGCCUUCGCCACAAGGCCUUCGUAAUCAUUUAAAGCAACAAAGCCCGUCCACUCAUGUGGGACACUCGCAGGGCCCUCCAGCAUACCAAAACUACCCCCUAUCUUUGAGCAUCCCUCCACAGGGCUCCAUUCAACGUGUUAUGUCCCCAACUCGUGCUCGCAUCAAUCAAGCUGUAGCACAGAACUAUCCUUCCAGAACUUCUCCUUCUUUCCGUCCUCACCAUUCGAGACGAAACUCUGCUAUACGUCGAUCCAUUUCGAUGAAUCCAGCUGCAGCGUACAGCUAUAUCCAUAGACGACCUGAAGAGUUGCAAGCGGACAUUUUGGCCCACGACCUGGCUGUACAAUUGGAAAAAGAUCUUGUUGUCAAUGACAUCCGGUUCCAAUUGCUCCAAGUUAAAAAUGCUGAUCACCAAGAUCCCGCUCGAGCCAGCUCUGCUUUCUCAUUGCACCUAUCUCCUCUAGACCUGGAGCGAGGUUCGGUAGUCUCAUCACGCCGAGGCUCUUCUAUCUCUGCAAAUGAUCGACCAAAAUCCAUGAUUGAGCUUAACACAACCAAUCUUCCUCCACAGUAUGAAGAAGCCAGCACCUCCGCAACCGAGCCAGUUUCUGCUGAUGAGCUCAAGCCAACAGAGGCUAUCACUCGGCCUACAGAGGUCAGCAUUAUGUUUGCUCCUAUCCCAACGAUGGCGCCCUUGUCACCUAGAUCUGAAAUGAAAUCAAAAUUCCACGAAAGCUUUCCUGAACGCCCUGUCUCACCGCCUUCUGGCUAUCGCGGCACAGCAUCUGCAGACGCGUCCAGGCGGUCAAUGACUAAUACCAUUCCCAAGAGUAGUCACAGCCAAAAGCGACCGGUCAGCUCCACAAGCACUAAGAUUCGCCCUUCUCUUAGACAGAGCGCGACCUUCUCUGGAGCACCGAUAUCUUCUCAGUCCUCGAAUAGCGAUAGCAAGUCCAGAACCUCUGGCUUCAUUCGCGCUCUUUCAUUCAAAUUGCGCUCAAAACAUAGUGAUGACCAGCUUAAAGCUGCAAAGUCCAACCAAGAGGUUGGUGCUGUCCCUAUGCCAACGCCUUCGGUCUCAUUUGAACCUCCUCGCCUUGAGUUGAGUUUUAUGAACGAUGGCCUUGGCCCCACAGAGUUGAGCUUCUGCUCAAAUUCUGAGGACCAGCUUCCAUCCACCGCCGCACCAGCACCCUUCCAGAGUGGAUCUGGAUCGGAGACUCUGGAGAACUGUAAACAGUUUGCUCAGUCGCCCAUUCCUAUCCAAUCCGACAACGUCAAUUCGAAUCCAACAGUAAAUGGAAUGCAGCAACAGCAACACAGAGAACUUCAUCCAGCAGGAUUCACAGGCAUACGUCGUAAAUCUGAGGUACUUCUUAGCUCGAGUAGCUCCCAAUCUAUUAGGAAAGAGCUUCAAAAGCCCAAGUCAGGCCCUAUACUCUCCGUAAAGUCUCUGCAGCAGUCUCAUUCAACUGCCAAAGAUAGUGACGAUGAUAAUGCGAAAGCAAAGGAGUCAAAGAAGUUUUCAGGGCAGUCAGAGACACCAGCAACAUCAACGGAGUCGAUCAUCCCCAAGACAGAUGUGGUCGAGAAGGAACUCAGUUUCUCAACCGCAACUCUUUUGAAGGAUGGUAAGCUCUACUACCAAUUGCGAUGGAAUCAAUUCUCGGAAAUAGGAUUCAAAUCUGAUUAUUUCAUUGAACCGACUCAGCUACAUCAACUUCAACUGUCCCAGGAGGGUCCUCAGCAGCAGCAGCACCAGUGGCAGCACCAGUGGCAGCAAGACAGCGAUCAUAUGAGAAUAUUAUCAGCCAGCUUGCCCAGCCCAACUUUGGAACUCCCGGGACAGCUAGGUCAAGAACAAGCACAGAAUCAACAACGAGGACCCAGCCAGGCGCAGAGGGCUGCGGCGAUGAAAGUUGCCAGAGAAAGCUUCCUGGCAGUGGCGAGCGACCCCGAGGCGCUAGCGGCGCUCAAAGCGGAAUCUGCGAGAAGGAACGGUCAAGCCAUGAUCAUCAGCAGCGGCACAUUUGCGAAGGACUCGAUCAUGCCCCAACUGGAUCUAUUUCCUCACCCACCCACUAUCACCAGCAAGUCGAUCGCGAGCCCUCAGCAAGUACAGCAAAUCUACCCGAGCCCGAACCUCAGCCCGAAUGGCAGUCUCAAAUCAGCACGAUCGAUCGAUGCGAUUUCAGCAACAGGAUUCCCAGCGGCGGAUGGAGAAGGACGCGACAGUGUUCAGAGGAGUAUGUCCGACAGGCCAUCAGCAACAGGGGGAGCGCCCUUUUCACCUUCCAAAACCAUCACGAAGCCUGGAACAGCUGUUGUUGGUGGUGGUGGACAUGGUUCUUCUGUGUCGUCUUCGCCGGGAGCUCGUUAUAAAAGGCAACACAAGCGUACUGCCUCUGCAACCUCGGAUGUUGCAGCUGUUGCUGUCAAGAGCAAAGGAAGGAACAAACUCUUUGGAAGAAAAUCCAAGAAGUUGGCCAAUCUAUAUCUUUCGGGAUCAACAACUUCCUUGGCCUCAGCCUUGCCAACAACAAUUCAUAAAUCAAACAGUGGAGGCCGUAAGCGCAGAUUGUUCCCUGUGGGUGUGAAGCGUCAAGAUGUGAUGACAAGAACAAUAGAGUCGAUGGAUGAAGUAUUCCCGUGGAUGUGUAUCGAGCACAUGGCUGGACAGGAGAGCGGAUGGGUGAUGUUGGAGCCUGUCCAGGAUAGAGCUGUUGGGUGGGUGAUGGUUGAUAGGUUGGAGGAUGAGAGAAUAUCUGCAGCGGCACGAGCGAUAGUACCACAAGCCAGCGAACGCUAUGAUCAACGAGAAGAGCUGAUGUCAGAGCGUUACCAACCACUUCAGCCCAAGACCGCAAUGCAGGCACAGGUCGCAUAG